AUAGAAUCGCACAUUUAUUCUACAACUUCUGCAAUCAAUACAAUUUCGACAAUGACAACUUCAUCAAACGAGGUCAAAAAUGAAAACCAAACCAUCCUCCCAUUUACCCCAUCGGAUGAACUGUCUUCAACUCAAGAAUCUGUGAAUUCACGAAGUAACACAGAACCUGUUUCUAAUCAGUCUUCUGUUGAACGAAGGACCUGGGAGUUCAUUUGGAAGACUUUCAUCAUAGUGUCAGUACAGAUUACAAUUGUGUGGGAAAUCUGCGCUCUUGUGUUACUUGUUUCGCAAAUUUAUGAAUGGAUGAAAGAAAAUACUUGGUUUUCAUGGACGUGUGGGUACGUGUAA